AUGUCCCGGAACCUCCGGACCGCGCUCAUUUUCGGCGGCUUCAUCUCCCUGGUCGGCGCCGCCUUCUACCCCAUCUACUUCCGGCCCCUCAUGCGGCUGGAGGAAUACAAGAAGGAACAAGCUAUAAACCGGGCUGGUAUUGUUCAAGAAGAUGUGCAGCCACCAGGAAAUGAGAAGGCUGUCACCAGCUCUGCUUAUGAAAUUAGACAUCUUCAUGCUCCCCAUUCUGCAGCAAGCGCGAUAAAUCACCUCCCGUGGAACGACGGCUGGAGAAGAAAACUGUAA